AUGCCCUCAAACUAUUAUGAAAAGGGAGAAUAUUACGUCUCAGAAAAGGAGAUUAUCAAUGGAACUGUGACUCGAGAUUGGGAGGAUACGGAGGAAUGGGCUCGCUCACAAAAGCCACAACAAACAUCAAUCAUUCGUCAUCCACUCACCUCUGAUCGAUCAUUUGAUAGAGGCUCUUAUCGAUCCAGUCACGCUCCAUUGUUGUCUAGGAGUCCUGGAGUGACGCGAAGAGUUGAGCCUGGAUAUAGAGAAAGUGAUAGAUGGUCUGAGCCACGCGUACGAGAUCGAGACUUUUGGGAUGAAGAUCCCCGGGAUCCAUGGGCAAAUCGUUUUGCAAUGCCCGAAAGUAUACCAUCUCGAGGUCGAGCACUCAGUCGUGCUUCCGAUUAUCCGGAUCGCGGUUUCGAAGAGUUGCGAAGAAGUAAAUCGAUCGAUCGACAGUACAAAGACCACCCGUCUCGUGACUACUCAUUUUCGCGCGACGCUCCUUACUACAGUGUACAGUCUCGUGAUCGAUUGAAUGACCAUGGAUCAAGGCAUGAACUUCGGCAAGUCACUAACGAUUCAAUUUCCCGACCGGGUUCACCAGGUCCGGUAGCCGGAGCUGGAGACAUCGUCAACACUGAACACGGUUUCUCCAUCUCGCUCGACGUGAAACAUUUUCAGGCACAAGACAUCCGAGUGGUGCUCACUGGAGACACACUUACCGUCAAUGGAGAAAGAACAGAAGAUGCCGGAUCUGGGCAAACGCUUCGGAGAAGUUUUCAGAGAAAAUAUUCAAUGCCAACUGAUAUCAAACUCGACUCAGUGGUCUCACAUCUCACUGACAAUGGCUUCCUUGUGAUAUCGGGAAGUCGAAAAGGUUGGAAAGAGACACAGAUCUCAAUGCAUCCGCUCGACUCGCGAUUUCAUCGAGGUGGCUCGUCGAUCAUCAGCAACGUC